AUGUACAUUACAUGUAUCAAUUCACAGGAUUUUUCCAAGUUCCUUGAUGACAAUUUUGAUGUCAAAGAGUGGGUGAAUGCUGCAUUUCGAACUCAAAGAGACACACCCCAACAGAAAGAUGCGUUGGCAUCAACUCUUGUCACAAAGCUACAACUAUUCAUACAGGAAGUCAAUAAUUCUCUUGAAGAAACCAGUCAGCAAGCGCUUCAGAACUUUCCACGUGUAUUAAGAGAUGUGGAAGCUGUCAGACAGGAAGCAGCUUUCCUCCAAGAACAGAUGCAGAUGGUGAAAGAAGAUAUUAAAAAGGUUGAACAAGACACUGCUCAGUCUAUGCAGAUGUUAUUAGAAUUGGAUGUAAUCAAAUCUAGAAUGCAGUCAGCUUCAAGUGCACUCAAGGAAGCAGAUAACUGGACUACAUUGAUGGCUGAUAUUGAUGACUUGUUCCAAUCACAGGAUGUCCAUGCUAUUGCCAAAAAGUUACUAGCAAUGCAGCACAGCCUGAGUUUAUUGGCUCACUGUGGGGACUAUGAAGAGAGGGCUCAGUAUCUUGAGACUUUAAAGAACCGACUUGAAACGCUUGUCAGCCCCCAGCUGAUCACUGCGUUCAACAAACAUUCACUAG